GUUUCCGUGUCCAGCUGCACUCAGCGGGACUAUAGAGGACAGGGAGGCUUCAGCUCCGCAUUCAGCCUGAUAAAGCCGCUCAUUGGAGCCAUGGCCAAGCCGCUGACCGACCACGAGAGGAGGAAGCAGAUCUCCGUCCGGGGGCUGGCCGGGGUGGAGAACGUAGCGGACCUGAAGACUAAUUUUAACAGACACCUGCAUUUCACCCUGGUGAAGGACCGGAACGUCGCCACCAAGCGGGACUAUUACUUCGCCCUGGCGAACACGGUCCGGGACCACCUGGUGGGCCGCUGGAUCCGGACCCAGCAGCAUUACUACGACAAGGACCCGAAACGGGUCUACUAUCUCUCCCUGGAGUUCUACAUGGGUCGGACUCUGCAGAACACCAUGGUGAACCUGGGCUUGGAGAACGCAUGUGACGAGGCCAUCUACCAGCUGGGUCUGGACAUGGAGGAGCUGCAGGACAUCGAGGAAGAUGCCGGCUUGGGAAAUGGAGGGCUGGGUCGCCUUGCUGCUUGUUUCCUGGACUCCAUGGCUUCUCUGGGCCUUGCAGCUUACGGAUACGGAAUCCGUUACGAGUUCGGCAUUUUCAAUCAGAAAAUCGUCAAUGGCUGGCAGGUAGAGGAAGCAGACGAUUGGCUGCGCUACGGUAACCCCUGGGAGAAGGCCCGCCCAGAGUACAUGCGUCCGGUCCACUUCUACGGCAGGGUGGAGCACACACCGGAAGGAGUGAAAUGGGUCGACACACAGGUGGUUCUGGCCCUCCCCUACGACACGCCGGUUCCCGGCUACAGGAACAACAUCGUUAACACCAUGAGACUGUGGUCCGCCAAGGCUCCCUGUGAAUUCAACCUGAAGGACUUCAACAUCGGAGGCUACAUCCAAGCUGUCCUGGAUAGGAACCUGGCUGAGAACAUCUCCAGGGUUCUGUACCCCAAUGAUAACUUUUUCGAGGGGAAGGAGCUGCGUCUGAAGCAGGAGUACUUUGUUGUAGCAGCGACUCUUCAAGACAUCAUCCGGAGAUUCAAAGCCUCCAAGUUUGGCUCCACGGAGUUUGUGAGAUUAGACCUUGCCAAGAUGCCUGAUAAGGUGGCCAUCCAGCUGAACGACACUCAUCCUGCUCUCGCUAUUCCUGAGCUGAUGAGGAUCCUGGUGGACAUCGAGAAACUCGACUGGGAGAAGGCUUGGGACAUUGUGACCCGGACUUGUGCCUACACCAACCACACCGUCCUGCCUGAAGCCCUGGAGCGCUGGCCUGUGGACCUGUUCCAGAACCUGCUGCCUCGACACUUGGAGAUCAUCUACGAGAUCAACAGGAGGCAUCUGGAGCACUCAGUGUAUAUGGUCAAAAACAAAAGAACGGUGUUCAAGGACUUCUACGAAAUGGAUCCUGAGAAGUUUCAGAACAAGACCAAUGGGAUCACGCCCAGGCGAUGGCUGGUCAUGUGCAACCCUGGCCUGGCUGAGGUCAUAGCUGAGAGGAUUGGAGAGGACUACAUCCGCGACCUGGACCAGCUGAAGAAGCUUCUAGACUUUGUGGACGACAAUGCCUUCAUCAGAGACGUUGCAAAGAUCAAACAAGAGAACAAGCUGAAGUUGGCCGCCCACCUGGAGGAGCACUAUAAGGUGAAGAUCAACGCCAACUCCAUGUUUGACGUGCAGGUGAAGAGGAUCCACGAGUACAAGAGGCAGCUGCUCAACUGCCUGCACAUCAUCACGCUUUACAACCGGAUCAAAAACGAGCCCAACAAGUCAUGGACCCCCAGGACCAUCAUGAUUGGAGGAAAGGCGGCUCCAGGUUACCACACUGCAAAAAUGAUCAUCAAGCUGAUCACAUCCAUCGGGGACAUAGUCAAUAACGACCCUGUGGUGGGAGACCGCCUUAAGGUCAUCUUUCUGGAGAACUACAAGGUCACUCUGGCUGAGAAGGUCAUCCCAGCCGCUGACCUUUCGGAGCAGAUCUCCACAGCUGGAACCGAGGCCUCUGGCACUGGGAACAUGAAAUUCAUGCUGAACGGCGCCCUCACCAUCGGUACCAUGGACGGAGCCAACGUGGAGAUGGCGGAGGAGGCGGGAGAGGAAAAUCUCUUUAUCUUCGGCAUGAGAGUGGAAGAUGUGGAGGCGCUGGACAGGAAGGGCUAUGAUGCCGCCUCUUAUUACAACCGCAUUCCGGAGCUGAAGCAGGCGAUGGAUCAAAUAUCAGGAGGCUUCUUCAGCCCCGACCAGCCUGGUCUUUUCAAGGAUCUGGUCAACAUGCUGAUGCACCACGACAGGUUUAAAGUGUUUGCAGACUAUGAAGACUACAUCAAGUGUCAGGAGAAGGUCGACGCUCUCUACAAGGACCCCAAAGAGUGGACCAAGAAGGUGAUCCACAACAUCGCCGGCUGUGGGAAGUUCUCCAGUGACCGCACCAUCUCCCAGUACGCUAGGGAGAUCUGGGGGAUGGAGCCCAGUUUGGAGAAGAUCGCCGCUCCGGAUGAUCCUCGCUAAAACUCCGCUGCUUCCUUCCCUUCAGCCGUAGCUCACCGUGUGCUUAGCCCCACCCUGUAGCCUCUUCACUUUGCGCCGCGGCGUCUCUUCCUGAACAGAUCGGGUGGUUCCCGCUUCACCUGGGGAAAAAAAAAGAAACGGUUUUUAACUUUGAAAUGAUUUAUUUUAGAAAGAUAGAAAGCUUUGCUAACUCCGGUUACUGAAUAUUCUCAGACUGUAGCUGCGUUGUUUCUGGGAACAGGUAAAGAUUUUCUUCUGUUGUUCUUUUUCUUUGCGGUUGAACAAAAAGGGGACGUUUGAACCCAUAUUCCCACAUUCCUUCACAAAAGGCCAGCGGAUGAACCUCGUCACUGUUCUUCCAAACCGCCGUGUCUCGUUUUAGGCAGAAAGGAGGCGACGGGUACGUGGGGUUAAAAAAGGAAGCCAUUUCUCCAUCUUUAUGUGAAGAUUUCAUGUUAAAGAGAUGCUGACUGUUAAAUGUUUUUCUGUGUUAGCUGAAUGUAAUAAUUUCUCUUUAAAGAUAUAUUAAUAUAUAACUAUAGAGAAGAGCUUUAAUGCAGAUUAUAUAUAUAUUUAGUUGGCAUGUUUGUGGCUCAUUCUGUCCUGUCCCUGAAAGUGAUCCAUGUUAAGGAAUAAAACUGCCUUGUUUAGCUGAGUUUUUUUGUGGUAAAUGUUCGUCUCUAUCUGCUGUUCUUGUGUGUGAAACAUGGCGGCGUCCUCCACAGACGCUCUACUGUAAACCUCACUCUGGCGCUUUUCUGCAACUUGCCUGUUUUGCUGCAAAAAACGACCAGAAAUCUGAUCUUUUUAGUUUAAUAAAAGAUGGAACCUAUAGUCCA